AAACGUCAUCAGGGCCAAGCGAGAAAAUCUCAUAGAUAACGCAGGGGGAAUGCGGCUUCGGAAAGCGUUCUCAUACAAACUUGCAGGCUAUGCAUGAUCCAAUUCCUCCCGUGCCGCAGAAAUUCCUAUGACGGUCGGAUUAUUCGGGAUUGCCUCCCUGGGUCUGAAAUAUCAUUGAGAGGCGACCGCAAGAGUCAGAAACGUGACGUUGAGCGGCUGCUAUCUUCCGAAGGGCGUGCCUCAUACAAUCUGCGGCCUCCGUACCUCUACGACCUCUACCUCGCUCUGCGGACGUCCUAUGAUAGUCGGAACAAUCGGGAAUCGUCAUCCACGAACCACAGAUCACGAGAGCGAUGGGAAGGGAGUAUCUCGGAAGAGACAAAGAGCGAUACUACUUCCGGCAGCCACCUCGCUAUGCUUAAGUUCGGGGUCCGACUCGACAUCUCCUGCGGCCUCGGCGCCACCAAUAUCUUCCACAUCAGGGCCCGCUUUCGAAGGCAUCUCAGAGGCGAAUACAUUAAAACCGCGACCUCGAAGAAAUUAUUAAUAGCCAACACUCAGUGUUUGCGAGUUUCCAUAUUUGCCUCCACCAACAGAGGUCUAUCGCCAAUCGUGAAAGUGCUUUUCAGGGGACCAGGACUGCAACAGCUCCGGCUUCAGAGAAGCAACAUCGCAUCUCAAGGUCCAGCAGCCUCACAGGCGUGUAUGUCGGUUACCAUGGAUACACUGCGCGUCGACGUCCAGCCCCGCUUUUCUGAUCUCCAUCAGUGUCAGUGUUCACUCCCGCCUUGAGUGGUCCAGUAGUGAGAACACGACUUCGGAAUGAUAUACCACGCUUCCGCGCCCCUACACAUGGAUCUCCUUUGCUGAGAGCGCAUCUAUGGCUUCAUUGCAGCUAACUCGGUUUCUUCGAUACCGCUUUCGACGAAACUUCAAGAAGG